AUGUCAUCAGCAGGCGACUCCGCACCGCUCAAGCAGCAACAACCGGCACUUUUUUCGCCAGCAACGACAAAUGCCGCCGCUGCCACGGCUGUACUCGACAAAGCGCCCGUCCUUGCAUUGCACCAUCACGAUGGCAUGAUCAUGUCCAACAGCAGAUACUCGUCGAAAGGAGAUGCAGCAUACCAAAGGGAUGAGGUGCUUGGCUGGUUCUUGCAAACGUUCGCCGAAGGGUUGCCCAAGGCCACCAAGUCCGGAUCUGCUAAGAAGCCCGCCGCCGCCCCCUACUCCAAGGGCAAGGCUACCAAGGCCCCCAAGAACCCUCUGUUCGAGAAGCGCCCCCGUAACUUCGGUAUCGGCCAGGACAUCCAGCCUCCUCGUGACCUUUCCCGCUUCGUCAAGUGGCCCGAGUACGUUCGUCUCCAGCGCCAAAAGGUCAUCCUCAACCAGCGCUUGAAGGUCCCCCCCGCGAUCGCUCAGUUCGCCAACACCCUUGACAAGAACACCGCCACCAACCUUUUCAAGCUCUUCAACAAGUACCGCCCUGAGUCCAAGCAGGAGAAGAAGGCUCGUCUCGAUGCUGCCGCCAAGGACAUCGCUGACGGCAAGAAGGCCGACCCCAAGGCUGACGGCAAGAAGCCUCUCUUCGUCAAGUACGGUCUCAACCACUGCGUUGCUUUGAUCGAGGCCAAGAAGGCUUCGCUCGUUGUCAUCGCCGCUGACGUUGACCCCAUCGAGCUCGUCGUCUUCCUCCCCGCUCUUUGCCGCAAGAUGGGUGUUCCUUACGUCAUUGUAAAGUCCAAGGCUUCCAUCGGUGCUCUUGUCCACAAGAAGACCGCUGCUGUUGCCCUCAUCCAGGAGGUCCGCUCCGAGGACGAGCGUGAGCUUGCCAACCUUGUCUCUGCCGCCAAGGCCAACUACCUUGACAAGGCCGAGGAGAUCCGCCGUCACUGGGGUGGUGGACACCUCUCGCAGCGAUCCAACCACAAGCUCGCCAAACGUGCCAAGAUCGCCGCUAUGCAGCCCAGGCCCGUUGUCGUUGCCGCUCCCGCUCCCGCAGCCGAGGAGGACGACGAGUAA